UGAGAAUUUCCAAGUGAUUUUAAACUUGUGAAUGUCCUAGAAACAGUUUCACUGUAUAUUUAUUUAAACAAGCAGUUGACCAACAUGGAAUAAUUAAUCUAAAUUGUAACUUAUUCAAUGUCUUUGGGAUAGCACAAAUAAAUUUGGUUAAAUGUAAAUGAGGAUCAAUUCAAAAUUCUGUUUCUUCAGGAAAAGAGUAUGUAUAUGAUUUCUCCCUGUUCUUGCCAUUUAAACCUUCUAAUUCCAAUUCUAGGAGAGAUAAAAUGUGUACUCCUGAACUAUCGUAGUGAAGACAGCUGUAGCUUGGAGAGCUGUAGCAGCAGGGAUGCAGAAACUACCAAUAACUCAGCCUCUGAGUCCGUAGCAGAAGAAAAACUUCUGGACUUGACAUUGACUCAUCGUACAGUCAGAUCUAAAAUCAAGUUCACUACUGGCACCUGUGAUGACCCCUUAAUGCACAACUGUGGAUUGUGUGGCAAAGGGUUUCGCUUGCAACGUAUGCUCAACCGUCAUAUAAAGUGUCAUAGUGAAGUGAAGAGACAUUUGUGCACUUUCUGUGGGAAAGGCUUCAAUGACACCUUUGAUCUGAAAAGACAUGUAAGGACACAUACCGGAAUUCGCCCAUACAAAUGCGAGAUCUGCAACAAAGCCUUUACUCAACGUUGUUCUCUGGAAUCACAUCUUAAAAAAAUCCAUGGGGUACAGCAACAAUACGCUUACAAGCAACGGAGAGAUAAACUGUAUGUUUGUGAAGACUGUGGUUACACAGGCCCAACCCAAGAGGACUUGUAUGUGCAUAUCAGUAAUAUUCAUCCGGGAAGUGCUUUUCUGAAGAAAACUUCGAAAAAGCUCAUAGCUGUUUUGCAAAACAAAGUGACAUCUCCAAUAGAGAUAACCUCUAGAAAAAAUGAGGAUCUGUAAUAUUGCAAUGGAAACAAUAAAGGCUUGGUUAUCUCAGCAUACUAAACCCAGGUUACCAACACACAAUUACUGUUUUCGGUACACUCUGUAUCCAAAGAAAUGAAGCAUAUUAUGAUAUAAUUUGAUGGCAUGGAUCAUGUAACACAGAAGACAGUGAAUUGCUUCACUAAAUAUGCUGAAUCAUAUUUAACCUAUUCUAAUGUGUUGUGAGAAUCCAACCUAGAUAUCCACAGCAGAAAUUACCUUUUGAGUUAUUUCUCUCUCAAGGUUCUGUAGCCUUACUUUAUUGGAGACACAUAACUGCCUUAUCAGAAUGAAACAUAUUCCCCCAAAGGGAGCUCUCUAGAACUCAGUUAUUUACGUGAACCUAUUUCUUUAAACUCUUUUGUUAUACAAAAAACAGUAUAUUAUUAUAUAAAACCAGAAAUAAUAAAAUAGAGAAAUAUAAAAUGAAUUGGAUAAUGAUUCUCUUAAAUUCUUGACUGUUUUUUGUAAUCCCGCUGGCACAAACUGCAAAACGAAGACAAACAUGCAAAAACAAUACUUUUUUAUCCUGUCUUUUUUUCUUUCUGCUUGCUUGCUAUCAACUUGCCUUCUCAUCUUACAGAAACUAAUUUUUUAUUUUGUUCUGGAAUGUCAAUCAUUGUAAUGAUUAUACUAUUUGGUCUUGUUACCAAGGUCUGCUUGCUUCAGACAGCUCUGAAAGCAAAGAUGCAGAAGCAAGAGUCAAAGGAAAAGGAGUGGGAACAGCCUGUUUUCCUUUUAACAUGAAGAAUAUAAAUUGUAACUAUUUCUUGAGCACACUACUAAAUCGCACGAAGUAUUUGCCUCAUAAUAGUAGCUACCAAUGUGACUGGCAAGAAUUUCUGCUUUCAGUCAGCUAAAAACAGGUGUCAGAAAUGAAAAUCAUUUCAAAAAGUUUACCUAUGGAUUAUUUUUCCAGAGGCAAGAACAAAGGGUAUUUGCAGUGGAGAAUCAGCAAAUGGAAGAGAUGUGAAGCCUUACCCAUGGUUGC